AUGCGCGGUGUGAGCGUAGGUCGCACUUCGUUGGCGGUGGUGUAUGCUGUCCAGUUUCUUGAUGCGCUGGGCUUUGCACUGCUCAUGCCUAUCCUACCGUUCUAUCUCAAGACGCUUGAUGGAUACUCGUAUCAGUACCGCGGACUGUGGUACGGCGGUGUGACGGGUGCGUACUCGUUUGGCCAGCUACUGGGAUCAGGAGUGCUGGGGGUGUUGUCGGAUCGCAUGGGGAGAAAGCCGGUGCUGGUAUGCGGCCUGUUGGGCGGGGCAGGACUGAUGGUGUACACGGCGUUUGCCCCGUCGGUCAUCCAUUUGCUCGCCGCCCGCUUCCUGGCGGGGCUCUCGGCGGGAACAGGCGGCGUGUGCGGUGCGUACAUCUCGGACGUGACGGCCAAGGAUGUGCGAUCCAAGUACAUGGGUCUGCUUGGAGCCAUGGUCGGGCUGGGGCUCAUUGCCGGGCCCGGCUUGGGAGGCCUGGUGGCAUCGCUGGCGGGCGUCCGGACCGCGUUCCGAUACCUGGCUUUGGGCUCGUCAGGCAUGCUGUUUGUGACAGCACUCGGUUCGGUCCGGCUCUUCAACGAACCGCCAGACGAAGCGGUCGGAUCGGCGGCUUCGGUGGCUUCGGUGGCGUCGCUGCAGCGGACGCUGGCGAUCAAUAGCGCGUCGGCGGUGGCUGGCGCCGAAGGUGAGCCGCUCCUCCCUGUGGCCAGCAAGAGCAGAGCAGGGGCCGGACGGCGAGUGCGGAUCACUCCGGCGCUGUUUGCCAAGCUCAUGCGGAGCCGGUCCGUGCUUCUGCUCUGCAUCUCGUCGUUCAUGUACGCGUGCCUGUUUGUGGCGUUUGAGAUCGCCACGCCGCUGUAUCUCAUCGCCACGUUUGACAUCUCAGCAGGUCACGUGGGGCUUUUGUUCACGGUUGUGGGCGUGGUACUCAUCAUUGUGCAGGCUGGGUUCUUUUCACGCAUCAUGCGCGGCGUGGGUGGACCGCGGCGGCUGGUUGUGGGCGCGCUGCUGUGCCUCUCAGUCCCGGUCUCGGUCGCGCUCCCGUUUCAGCCGACGCUCCUCACCUUUGCCCUCCUCACUGUCCUACUCAUCAUCGGACAGGCACUUGUGGUGCCAUCGCUUGCAGUCAUGGCUUCAGUCCUCUCCGAAGGCGCCAAUGGGACCGUUCUUGGGGUGCGGCGAUCGUUUGUGUCGGCGGCGCGGGCGAUCGGGCCUCUCGCGGUGGGGGCACUGUACGACACCUCGGCCACCGCGAUUCUUCCGCACGCAAUCCGGCACCAUCACCACAUCCUCCCGUACUGGGUUGGCGCCGUCUGUGGCCUGUUUUCUGCUGCAUGCGCCUUUGGCAUCUCGCGCGCCGCCGUCUCGCUCGCCGCCGAUCCGGCCCCCGACGAUGAGGAUGCGGCCAGGGACGGAUCCGAAAGCGACUAGCUGCGCCCAUGAUCGCAUGAGUGGUGCGAGACGCGUGAUUGUACAUGGAUUAACACCUCCCUGG